AUUCAAACAUAAUUCCAAACGCGCAUCUCUUCUAUUCUCUGCCACCAAACCAAACCAAACCAUACCAUAAUAUCAUCUAUGAAGGAAGAGAAACUCCCCCCAACUUCCCUUCUCUUCUCUUCUUCCUUCUCCAUCUUCCCCAUUCCUUCCUAACUUCAAUAAACUUCAAAUCUCAUAGCCAUGGAUGAAUCUCAAACCAACCAAAACCCCAAGUCUGGAUACAAGCAAUCCAUCCCUCCUUACAUGAAAGCCAUUUCUGGCUCCUUUGGUGGUGUAAUGGAAGCCUGUUGUUUACAGCCGAUUGAUGUCAUUAAGACCAGGUUGCAAUUAGAUACCAAAGGCAAUUACAAGGGAAUCAUUCACUGCGGAGCCACCGUGUCCCGUACAGAAGGGGUACGGGCUCUUUGGAAAGGCAUGACCCCCUUCGCCACGCAUUUGACCUUCAAGUACGCGCUGCGGAUGGGUUCCAAUGCCGUCUUGCAAAGCGCGUUUAAGGACUCCACCACUGGCUCCUUGAGUAACCAGGGCAGGGUUUUGGCUGGUUUUGGUGCCGGGGUUCUCGAGGCCCUGCUUAUUGUCACCCCUUUUGAGGUGGUGAAAAUUAGACUGCAGCAACAGAAAGGCUUAAGUCCAGAACUUUUCAAGUACAAAGGUCCCAUACAUUGUGCUCGAACAAUCAUCCAUGAAGAAGGCAUCUUCGGGCUUUGGGCAGGAGCUGCCCCAACCGUGAUGCGUAACGGGACAAACCAAGCUGCAAUGUUUACAGCCAAGAAUGCUUUUGAUGUGAUAUUGUGGAAGAAACAUGAAGGUGAUCAGAAAGUCCUCCAACCAUGGCAGUCUAUGAUAUCAGGGUUCCUUGCAGGAACAGCAGGUCCGAUAUGUACCGGCCCCUUUGAUGUUGUCAAAACUAGGCUGAUGGCUCAGAGUCGAGAUGGAGGAGAGUUGAAGUAUAAGGGCAUGAUCCAUGCAAUCCAAACGAUAUAUGCCGAGGAAGGACUUCAAGCUUUGUGGAAAGGAUUGCUGCCUCGGCUCAUGCGGAUACCGCCCGGUCAAGCCAUAAUGUGGGCUGUUGCUGACCAAAUAAUAGGUCUUUACGAGAGAAGAUACAUUUAUAGUGCAGCAUUAUAAACUUGUAUCAUUUUUUGUAUUCUUUUUGACCAUUGGUUAAGCAUCUUUCUUUUUGUUUUUUCCUCUUGUUUUCGCAGGUAUAAAAUCUUGGAAAACUCCAUGUUUUUUCUUCUUGAAUGCUAAAUGGCAGAUCAUGUUGAUCUUGUAGUACUUUCUUUAUUCAUAUUUCAGUAGUGGGAGAGAAAUGAAAAUUUUUAUCAGCUCUAUUUUUCA